GCAAUCAUCAAACUAAGAAUGGCAAAAAUGAGUCUCCCUUGCUACAUACUAUUACUAACUUUUUCUUUGCUUUCUCAAGGUAUUUUGCUUUCGGCUUCCAAAUCCAUAAGAAAUUUAGAAGAUGACAUGGUACUUAACACAUUUAGGAUGGGGAAAGCCUUUCCGAAGGAUGAUACUGCAGAAAAAUCGAUUGCUGCUCCCUCACUGGAACAAUAUAAAAAUGAUGAGAGCAUUUUCAUGAAUGAUGAGGAAAACAAAAACUCAAGGAACACAGGCUCCAAACAUAAUUUCUUAAAUCAUGGUCUGCCACUCAAUCUGGCUCUAAAGCCUUUUCUUGCACUAAAAGGAUCAGUAGCUUUUCCACCUGAGAAUGGAGUUCAGAAUACUGAAUCAACACAAGAAAAGAGAGAGAUUGAGGAUGAAGAAAAUUCAGCUAAGUUCCCUAUAGGAAGGAGAGAUUUUGACAGUGAGUAG